AUGAAAACAGAGAUCGGAUAUGCUUGGGAGUUGCGAGAUGGAAAAUUUAUCGAUGCAACUGACGAAACUACCUCAAACUAUUUAGGAUUCGUAAAUUGUGCCAGAACCCAGCAAGAGAAGAAUCUUGAAGCCUUUGAGUGUGAGGGCGAUCUAUAUUACAAAUCCAAAAGAAAUAUACUGAAAGGAGACGAACUUCUUGUUUUUUAUGGGAUAUCAUUUGCUGAAAAUUCAGGCAUCGACAUGAAAACCUAUUAUGGCGAAGAAGAUGCGAAAAAAGUGUCUCGCCCUUGCAGCAGGCGUACGAGUGCAUCUACAUAUAAUGUACAAGGUGAAGAAUAA